AUGGUGAUUAAGAUAACUCUUCCAGAUACACAACUGUCUAGUAUCAAUCUGGAUGUGAAAGAGACAUUUCUCGAUCUCAGAGCGCCAAAGUAUAAACUUGGAUUGUACUUGCCAAAUCCUGUAGAUCCAGAUUCCAGUAAAGCAGAAUGGAAUGAAGAUAAAGAAAUAUUAGAAGUAACUUUAAGAAAUAAAAGGGAAUAUGAUUUUAUGAAUGAAUAA